GUAUGAUACUUAAACUUCAGACUCAAUUGAAAUUGAGACGACAGUAACGGUUUGUUGUGCUCUGACGGGCGUUCAAUGCACCGUUAUCUUACCGGGCCGUAACAGAUUCAUCUCUUGAAUUGGUCAAGGAAUAAGUUAUUAAAUUUUUAGUUUUUUAUAAAAAUAAAAUGGGAUUUUUCGUAGUGAUUAAAGUUAUUGUCGGAUUGUUGAUGGUAGGUUUUAUGUCAUUGUUUUAUUUACAAAAGUCGUCUGUCAAAACGAUAGAAUUGCCGAAUACUUGGUGGGGUCCAGGAACGGAAAAUUUACAAGCUGACAAAACUGUCAGACAGUUUGAAAUUUUAUUUACUGAAGCGCAAGUGAAUGACCUGAAAAGCAGAUUGAAAAACACGAGAGAUUUGGCUCGACCUUUGGAAGGUACAGGAUGGACUUACGGAACCAGUGGGACAUUUUUGAAAAAAAAUAUUGUUGAUUACUGGCUGAACAAGUAUGACUUCAAAAAGCGGCUCGCGUAUUUAAACAAGUACGACCAAUUUAAAACAAACAUUCAAGGUCUGGACAUUCAUUUCAUUCACGUGAAACCUAAAAAUACCCAAGGAAAAAAAGUUUUACCUUUGUUAAUUCUCCACGGCUGGCCAGGAUCAGUCAGAGAAUUUUACGAAUUAAUUCCCAUGCUGACUUCUCCACAAGCAGACCAUGAUUUUGUCUUUGAAGUUAUUGCGCCUUCGUUACCAGGUUUUGGCUUCUCCAGCCCUGCAGUGCGACCUGGGUUGGGUUCCAAAGAAAUGGCUGUUGUUAUGAUGAAUCUGAUGCGCAGACUGGGCUUCGAUAAAUUCUAUACUCAAGGCGGCGACUGGGGAUCUAUUAUUGUCGGACAAAUGGCGACGUUAUUCCCUCAACACGUCUUGGGAAUUCAUUCAAACUUUUGCGGCGUAUUAGGCUUCAAAACAACCUUAAAAACAUUCUUAUACAGUUUCUUCCCUUCAUUACUACUGCCUAAAGAAGACCACCAUCUUCUUUAUCCAAUGAAGAAACAUUUCUUCAGCAAACUUCUUGAGACUGGUUACUUGCAUAUACAAGCAACCAAACCUGAUACUGUUGGAAUCGGUCCAAGUGACUCUCCCGCAUCUCUAGCCGGUUACGUGCUGGAAAAAUUUUCUUCUGCAACAAAUUCCGCUUACAAAACCAGAGAUGACGGGGGAAUUUACGAAAAAUUCACUGCAGACGCUUUAAUAGACAAUUUAAUGAUGUACUGGAUACCAAACAGUAUGACUACGGCCAUGAGAAUUUACGCAGAAUCAUUUAAUUUACAAUCUGGCUUAAACGAAAUGUACUGGCCAAUCUUAGUCCCGAGUGCCUGUGCGCAAUUUCCCAACGAGUUGAUCUUCUUUCCUGAGGAAUUUCUCCGAGAUAAAUUCUACAAUCUAAUCCAAGUGACAAGGAUGCCUCGAGGAGGACACUUUGCUGCUUUAGAGGAACCCAAACUCCUGUCCGACGACGUCUGGAAAUUCGUAGCAGCCGUUCAAAAUUCUUCUAAGUCAGCAAACGCUAAAAAAGACGAAUUUUAAUUGUAAAUAAAAUUGCAAGUCAUUAAAAUCAAAAUGUUUAUAAUAAAUAUUUGUAAAAAAUGA